CCUGGCGCCGCCGCCGCCGGGCGCUGCAAGAUGGCGGCCGCAGCCGAGCGCGGCGCGGAGGAGCCGCCGCCGCUACCGCUGUCGCCGCGGGGGGCUGGGGCUCGGCCGCCGCCGCCGCUGGGCGCCGAGGAGGUGGCGCGGCGCCUGGGCAGCACCCGCCGCCAGCUGAGCAACCGGCGCAAGAUCCUGCUGCGGAACCUGCCUGCCGAGAGCAGCAGCCAGGAAAUCCAUGACUUAUUUAAAGAUUAUGAAAUAAAGUAUUGUUAUGUGGACAGAAAUAAAAAAACAGCAUUUGUUACUCUGUUAAAUGGAGAGCAGGCUCAAAAUGCAAUUCGGAAAUUUCACCAGUAUUCUCUUCGGGGAAAAGAAAUAUCAGUGCAACUGCAACCAACAGAUGCUUUGCUGUGCAUUACUAAUUUACCCAUUUCGUUCACAUUACAAGAGUUUGAAGAACUUGUGCGUGCGUAUGGCAAUGUGGAGAGGUGUUUUUUGGUUUAUAAUGAAGUUACUGGCCAUUCAAAAGGCUAUGGCUUUGUGGAAUAUAUGAAGAAGGACUCUGCUGCAAAAGCGAGACUGGACCUGCUGGGGAAGCAAUUGGACGAGAACACACUCUUUGCACAGUGGAUGGAUGUUAAUCAGCUGACUCCAAAUCUUAUUCACUCUAAGUGCCUUUGUGUAGAUAAAUUUCAAAAAGACUACGCUGAUUCAAAAGAACUGACGCAGACUUUCUCACUAAAGUAUAAACCUGUGUUCUGCCAGUUUGCUCAGGAUGAAGAUAGUUAUAUUGGUGACUUUGCAGUGGUGGAGUACGAAACUGCAGAGCAGGCUGAGAAGGUGCAAGAAGUCACCGAUGGCAUGAUCGUCAGAGGGAAGAGAAUCCAGGUGUCGUACUGUGCCCCGGGAGCACCGGGCAGAAGCACGCUAGCAGCACUCAUAGCAGCACAGAGGAUGAUGAGGAAUAAUAGGAAAGGAUUGCUCCCUGAACCAAAUCCAGUGCAGAUUAUGAAAAGCUUUAGUAACCCAGCUAUGCUGCAAAUGUUAAUGCAACCCCAGCUGCGUGGACAUACUGUUAAACCUGUUCUUGGAGCAUCUGCAGGUUUACCUCACCUUAUAAACACAGCAGUUGGCCCAGCUUUUUUGCAGUUAAACAAAGUUCAUCAGAAUUCAGUUCUGGGGAGUACAUCUAAUUUACUGCUGCAGAGCCCUCCUCACCUGCCAUUGCCGCAGCAGCAGCUCGUGAAGAUUGAGAAUAUUCAGGCUAAUAGUAAACCAGGUUUGCUGGGGGAACCUCCAACAAUGCUGCUUCAGACAGUGCUGGGAAUAGGGGUAAUGCCAUCUGUGAGUUCGGGCAUGGGAACCCGUGGAGACGCUCAUAAGUCAGCCACGGCAGCAGCGGGGAUGGGCAUGUUGCCAUUCUUUGCAAACCAGCACAUUGUUGGGCAAGCUCUGCCAGGGCAAAACAACACUCCGGAUAAACAAUCCACUACUGAAGCGGUUGUCUCGGCGGCACAGCCCUACCAUCAGACCUUCACAAAUCUUUCUGCGGGAGUCCUGCGGGCUGGACAUGCCAAACAACAAAACCAGCUAAAAAGUCCUGAUGCAAGUCUGGGGACUCCCUUGAAAAAACAGACCUCGCUGCUGGGAGAACCACCAAAAGAAAUACGUCUUAGUACCAACCCCUACUUGAAUUUGGCAAGUGUGUUGCCUGGUAUAUGUCUUCCAGCAAUUGCCAGCAAAGCCUCUAGCCCACCGCAGCAGAUUGGACUUUCGAACAACAUUUUGGAUGCUGCUGUGUCUCAGGGAGCUACAUCACAACACGGAGUGGAAAAUUAUUUUGGUUACUCUCAACAGCACGGGGAGUACACACAGGAGGCUGUUCAGCAGUGGUAUCAGCAUUAUGCUCAGGCAUAUAACACUACCCAGGCCAGAGUCGAUGAGUUUGAAACUGAAGCCUCUGAGGUGGCUCCAACCAGGAGUGAAAAGCGAGGCUCUUCGUACCUCGUUUCCUCGCCGGACCCUGGCCCGGUGGAGUACGUGGGCCAGCAGAUUCAGGGCUCAGCAGUACGUUACGCAGAAUCCUCUCUUAAAAAAAAGCGUGUUUAUUGAAAUUUAAUCAAUCAAUCAGUCCUGCCUUAAGGUAUGACGGCAGGCUCCUGAAACCUCCGCUGUUUAUUGCUGCCUUAGCUUCAGCCAGUGCUUCUUUCAGCGCGGGUUACACCGAUCCCCGGAGGAACGCCCCUGUACGGCAGGCAGCGGCGCCGAGUGACCUGGGCGCACGGGUGAGCCCGAAGGCAGGUCGCAGCAGCACGACCGGACCGCUAGUUCCAGUUUAGUGCCCUGCUGAAAUUAACAGUGGUUGGAAGCCCAUAAAGAAAAAAAACGUGAUGAUUUUCAGUAACUUACUUACCAGCCAAAAGCAGUAAGAAUACUGAGGAGGGACCUCGGAGCCUUGCCCUGGUUUUCAGGCUGAGAAAGUUAGAGGAUGACGUUGUAAUAUCCCCCCUCCCCCCCCGAACUCAGAAUGUGUUCUUUUUUUUGGGGGGGGGGGGGUCAGUCUUGCUUUUUCCAGGAUUAUGACCUCUGCAUUUACAGCCUUUAUAUAUUUUAAUAGUUCCUCUUAAUCCUGGAUUGAAAAGAUAGAUAUACCAAAUGUAUUCAGAGCCUCUGUGAUGCUUUCAAUAAAUGUUUGUUAAAAGCGAGCUGCUAUAGUUGUGUGCUGCCUUGCAAUAUCAAAUCUGGUUUGAGCAGGUACGUGGUAUUUGGCCUGAGCUAUAACCUUUGUCUGCUCUUAGGCCAAGAAUCCACAGCUUUUACCUGGCCUAAGUAAUUUACAGGUUGUGAAUGCAUCUGCGUAUGGUGGAAAGCCCUGGAGCACAAAUACGUCGCGCAGCCGCCUAGCACUCGCGGUGAAUUAGCUGUCCUGCGCUCUGCCCCGGGAGGGUGCCGGCAGGAAGGCCGGGUCGCUGGAGACACUGCGGGCAGCAGUCACGGAGGGGUUUGUAGAACUGAAUUUUUCUCUUAUUAAUUAACUAAGCAACCGCAGCUAGUCUUUCUUUUCUGCUGUACAUCCUUGUAGCUGAAGACUCUGAAAUCACUAUUUUUAGUAUCAAAGUUCAUGACAAAUAAGCUGUGAGCCAGCCUUCUGUAACGGACCCGUGUGCAGUCACCUCCUUGGACCCUGCUGCAACGUGAUUUGGACUUUUGAUUCCUUUAGCCUUGAGGCCGUAACGGCUGGCCGGCUAACUUAAUCGCUGUACAGACUACUGAAGCCAUUUUUAAAUACUAAAUUUUUUUUUUAAAAAAAGUCUUAAACUCUGCAUUUCAAGCUUUAUGAUGUAAGAUGCAUAUUUUUAAAACGUACUUAAAAAAAAGAAGAAAAAAAAUAAAAAGCAAAGCACUUCUUAUAGGAAAGUAAGUAACUAAGUAAGUAAGUAAGUGUUGUAUUGCAUGGGCAGUAUGCGAUGCACAUACUGGCAAUAAUUCCUUAAGAUGGCGGGCUAGCAAUGCAUUUUAUAGAUGCUUAGUCUGGCUGGAAUUCUACAUGUACGUAUUGAGACAUUCACUUGUAAUAUUUUGUUUGAACUGUCUGUAUAUGCAACGUUCUCAAAGCGUUACCCUUUUCAAUGAAAAUAAAUUGCUGGUGUAUUUC